AUGAAAGUACUUAACAGUGACAUUAGAAAGACUCCAGCUGCAAAAAAUGUAUGCGUAACAAAUACAUCUAGUGUUCCAAAACCAUUCCCACACAAAAUUAUCAGACCUGGGAGAGUGAAAGGAAAAAAUAAAGAAAAUAGCGUAGUACAAACCUUUAAAAAUUGUCCCAUGAAAACAACGCGAUAUGCGCAAAUACAUGUAUUUACAUGUAUCAAAGUAGUCAACACAGAUUUAGAAGAUCCUAACGAGGCAAUAAUUAUCACCGCUCCAAAUAACGAAAACAGUAAUAACAGUAGUGGGUUCAUACAUGCAAAUAAUCGACUCACUAAAAUGAUCCAAAAGUAA